ACCGAUAUGGCCUCUACGGAUUUCUGCCUUUUCUUACAUGGUAUUUUCGCCAGGGUUGACGGGGUGGGAAAAGCGACGGGGUGGAGGUUGGCUGGUUUUGGUUUUGGUUUGCUCCGGGUCUCCCAACCGCUCCUUCGCCAGCUGCCAUCCUGGACGCCAGGGUCAACGUCAACGUGCGAGGGGACGGCAUUUCCCGGGUUUCUCGGUUCUACGUGGAUAUCCACGCAGCAACGCCGAUGUAGUUCGUGCGGUGAAGAAAAUUAGUUCCGACUUAUGGACUACUCCGAUAUCCCUCUGUUUAUGUUUAUUUAUAUCGCCUACACCGUCCCUUAGCUCGAUCUAUCCGUCGACACCGCAAGUGCCAUCUACAUAGUAACCUACUCGCUGGACAGCUCUAGCUGUACGAAUGCUGCAUUAC